CCCCAGGCACCUGUAAGCAAUUAACUGUGACUUGGAGGUUUAAUUGGGGCUUGGGAGAAUAGUGGGCGUAAGGUAAUUUUUCUAUAUUGUACUUAAGAAUGGUUAAAGGGCUGUAGGGACCAGUUAGGGCACUUCUCAAUUAUUGGGAUUUUCAACUACCUCACCUGUCCUGUUCACCUUUCAGAGCGUUAACAAAAUUCUAGUAGCUGGUGUUGUCAACAGUCCCACACAGCAGCUCUGAUUUCUGAAGGUGUGAUCAGUGUGGGAUAUGUAACAUCCAUGUGGAUUUCUAGGUCAGCUGGAGCUUUGUGUUCAGAGAAAUUGAGCAGAGCCUGCUUGGGGCACUUUCACAGAGUAGUCUUGAUGUGGAUCAGGCUUGGAAGGUUUUACAUUCCUGCUGCAGCAGGAAGGAAAGUAAAAUAAUAUAUAUUACCUUUAAUUUACUGUAUUGUGUCUUCACUUCUAAGUUUCACGUUGCUUUCAGCUAUUUGUAAGGCCAAGGGAGACCUGUCUGUAAUAGCUGUAUUCCAUCUUAGUAGAAAGUUGCUAACUAAGUAAAAUACUGCAUUUAAUUCUAUUAAUCUUGAAAUAAUGACAGAGAUGGUUUUGGUGAAGCCUGUGAUCACUGCAAUAAAUAUUUACUUACAGCUCCAAGAUGGCAGUGCAUAUUCAUUUAUUUACCCUGCACACUCUCCUUUUUGUUGUUUCUUGACAAAUUCUCAAAGGCAUUUGUUGCAUGUAGGAUUUAGAAGGAGGUUAUUUUCCAGAUAACUCUUGUAUUUCCACUUGGCAGCUUUAAUAUGACCUUUGUCCUAACCAGGACUUAAGCUUUUUCCAUAAUUCUUAACAAAUGAAUGUUUCAUUCUUUGAAGCUCUCUGACUUCUAUUCCAUUUCUCUGACCUAGAUUUUGGUGGUUGGGAUUGAUUGCUGGUAUGAUCUAAGCUGCUGUCUACUAAAGCCUUAAAUACUCUCUUUUGUAUAAUGAGAAAAUUAUUCCUGAGCUUCUUGUUUAGAGUGUAGUCAGGAGAAACAAAUUCAGAGGUUUUUUUAAUUCCAAUUUUCAUUCCUAGGGAAGUGACCCAGCUUGGAUUUUGCUUAGAAAAGAAACAGUAAACGUGUAAACUGGAUUUGCUGAGGCAGCAGACCUAGGAGAGAUGAGACAGCUUGGUGCCCUUGUGCCCUUGGUCCUGUGGGAUCCCCAAGCCCAAGGCCAGGGGAAUUGUUCUUCAGGCAGCUGGUGACAGUGACACUACUGGGCUUUAAAAAUCUUGGAGUGGUGGGUGCUGCUCAUCAUGUGCUGUCUGUCAGUCUCUGAAGUCCUGGAGGAAUGUUACUGUGGCUUUGGAGACAGUCCAGGAGUACCCUGUGUUGACAUUUGUUUUGCCUUUUUCACUUAUUUUCUUUGCCUUUUUUUUUAUCCCACCUUUUUUUGUUGUUGUUGUUGUUUUUUGUUCUUGGUGUGGGUUUUUUUUUCCUUCUUUUUUUUUUUUCCUUGUCUUUUGUUCCAAGCUGUAAGCAAAACCAGGAAGGCAUUAUAGAGGUAUACUAGAAUGUUGUUGUGGCUCUCAGGUGACCAAAUACUUCUGCAAAUAAAAUCUGAAAGUUUGGAGGACCUAAUUUACAGUUUGGUAAAUGGAUUUGAAAAAAAAGAAAGAUGAUAAACUUGCUAAUAAAAAAUGAAGCUUCACUGUUUUUUGACAGAAAUAAUUUACAUAUGCCAUUAUCUGCCUCUCAUUGUUCACACAGGGAACACUAAAUGUAAAUAUUACUGAGGUCUGGAAGAGAAUAUGUAAUAAUGAAGGAUGGAUGGAUGUACAAGAGAAGGGGAGGUAAAUAUCUGGACUGAUCCCAGCCCACUUCUGGCUUUCUUACAACACUGAGAUUUGGGGCAGAGAGGAAAGACUGUUGAUGGGUUAACAACUGUACACAUGUUCCAUUAGGAUUCAAUCCUUUGUGGGAUGAGAGGAACGUCUUAGUGUCUUGGCUUAUGGCCAGCAGUUAUCUGAUGAUUUAAUGAAAUUCCAUGUUAUUAAAGUAGGAAUCUGGAAAGGCAGUGAGUGGGUCUGGCUUAUGGAGGCACUUGUAAACAGACAACACCUUUGGUUAUAAAUAGCUCUUAACACACCUUGGUGUUUAUUUGUUGUAUUUUCUCUCUGGGAAUCGCUGUGCUGACAGGCACACCCAUAUCACAACUUACUGAGGGGAAGUUGUGCAUUAUUAUUCAUUAGAUCCAGCCUGUGUGCACUGGUGGCUGCAGCUGAUCAUUAUUCCACAUACUCAUUCUGAUGUAGAAGAGCCCAUAUUGAGUUGCAGUUGUCUUUCUUCUGAUUUUCAUGGUUAGCCUCCUGCCUGAAAGGGUGUCUGCAGUAAUUUUGUUUCGAGGUCUGGUUUCAUUGCUGUUUUAUGAAAGUGAAUGUCAAGGAUGACAGAACUUGUAUUUUCUGUUAGCCUUUCUUAACCCUUUGCCAGUGCUCUGCAGCAUGACAUCCCAUUUAAUUCUGUUGAGUAUAAUUAAUGCAGAGUUAGAAAUAAUGAUGCUUCAUAUUUGUUUUUAUGAACAGUUUUGUCUUUUUAAAAGCUUUGUCCUGUAGAAGCCCCUUGAAGUAUAAGGCAGAAACGAAUGUGAUUGUCAUUCAGUAGGACAAUGCAGCACCCUAGCUUGUGUCUUAAGAUUUUUUCUUUAAGAUAUGAGAAAUGAUUGUUUGUCACUUCUCUUUCACUUGUACUGGAUGGUAACAUUUCUAAUAACUGUAGAUUCUCAGUCACAUCAAGGGUUUUUUUAGUAGUUUUGUCAACAUAAAUGCAAAUCUAAUUACAUGGUGGUUCACUUUUUGAUACCUGUGAAGAGACAAACAGGAGACAAGAAGCAUUUAUUUUUAGGAAUAAUAAUUUAGUAAGGGUGAUGGAAGCAUACUAACCCGACUUCAGGAUCCCUUAUUAAGUGUCUGCAAAGGAAAAGAGGCACUAUGAAGUCUCUUCAAUUAAACCUGAAGUCUUAUGGUGCAAUUUAGAGCCUGCUGUUAGUGGUAUUUAAUGUAGUGGUGUGAUGGUAAGUAUACUUUUGAAUGACAUCUGUUACUAAAGAUUCUGUAAUUUUAGACUUAAAUGUUUGCUGGGUCCUAAUUCAGCUGCAUUUUCAAUUGUUUCUCCAUUCAUAUGGUAAUCAGGCUGCUCAAGAGUUGCUAAUUAUUGCCACUGUUGUUUAAAGAAUGUAGUGAGCAAAAGCAUGUCUGUGACCAGAUGCUUUUAGAGAUGUAAGCAUUAAGAUGAUAAAGCUCACAUAAUUCACAGCCCAUCGUGUGCAGGGAAAUGAUUAGAAAGCAGCUAAGCCUGUCUUGUCAACCUUCUAGCUAAAAGGAGAAAAAAAGUCUGUAUUUGUAAGCAACAUGAUAACAUUUUAACCAAGAGAUGAAUGUCAGCAUUUCCAUAAAUCUCCAGUUUAGAAAAUUAAAAUACUUUGGGGGACCAUAAAGGGCUGAAGCUGACGUCUAGUUUCAGUUCCGUGCUGCUGCAGAAGACAGGCUGUCAAGGACGUUCAUUUUAAUUGCUAAGAGAAGUCGAGCACAGAAUUAAAAGAAUGAGUAACUCUAGUGAUGAGGAUUUCAUGUUCUAUAUGAAUCCAGCUUGUAAACUCCUUUCUUCUUCCUGUCUUCUUUUAUCUUUCUACCUUCACUUCAGGUCCUUCCAUCUGCCUCAUUCCCAAUUUGUUUUCACCACUCUUCCUCGGUAGCUCUGGGUUUGCUCUACUUUCGGUGCUGACAGCAGCUCUAACAGGCAAUGUGUGCAUUUCCCUGGAAAAUCUGGCUUUGCUCUGGCUGCUCCCUUUUGGGGCUCUUCACGAGCACCUGCCAGUUUGCAAUCUGUGGCAUUAGUCAGUAUGUUACCUUCGGGCAAGUGUGUCACAUGCCUUUCAGUCUUCAUCUUCCUGUGUGACAAAAGAUGCUACCAACAUUCCGGUGUACAUAGACCAUUAUUUUCUGGAAGUUUCCAGUUGCUGACUGAUUUGAAGAUGGACACUGAAAAGCAAGCUGAGUCCCCUGCUCACUCACUUCUCAAUUCGAAUUUCAUUUUUUCAGUUUUUUCCUAUCAGCUUCAAAGUGUCAGCUGAUAUUUUCUUAUUAUUUUUAUUAGGGUCUGGUGUGUGCCAGUGCUGCAGCCUGGAGGAAGCAUCACUCCUGCAGAGCUGAGUAGGGAAACACUGGAGGAAGCUAUUUAGGAGACAAGAUAAGGAAUAGAUUAUUCUGUGCUGAUUUGGCUUUGCCUUUGCCUGCUCAUGUGUCCGUGAGAAUAGAAAUCCAGUGAAACAGGUUGGAAAAAAAAAAUUGCCUGUCAGAAACAGGCAAAGUUGCUGGGUGAUAAGAGGGAAUGUAAUUACCUUGUUGCACUUUUGGAACUCCGCUGUCUGACGGUUCUCACACAAGAGGGCGCUCCGGGAAUUUUAAAAGAAAUCCUGUGCUCUGUUAGGACUCUUUACAUCCAUGUGUAUUUUAAUGUGCCGUUUUCAAAGCUCUGGUGCUUUAACUAAGGUUCAGUCUCCGAGCCUUGGAAAGCAGUGUCUACCUUCUAUAUUUACCCGCACAGUAAUUAACAGAAAUGGCUGUUCUUAUUAUGACUUCUCACCACUAAAUCCACUCAGUGAGAAGGAAUGAUUGGCAAUCAAUCUGAACAGCAGAACCAUGCAGAUUUUAUUAACAGCUAUGUAAAUAGUGGGUGUUUACUCUCGUGUAAGAUGUAGUGUUUGAGUAAACGUCAGUCAGAAACAUGACCUAGUUUUCAUUUUCUGACAAAGCCAAUCCUUGUAUUGGGAAAGCGCUGUUCCAUUUCUAGGACCUGGAAAAAAACCACCUGCUUUUAGGCUAAUGUAGGAAAAAGCCACUGAGAAACCAGAAUCUCCACAGAAGAUCACAGUGGGAAGGUUGUGCUAGAAAGUCCAUUGUUGCUGUGAGUUUCAUUGCAGCAUUCCUCUGUCUGAUCAUCGUUCGUCUCACAAAUGAAGUAACUUUCCCUUUGAUCCUAAACUGCUUUGGACAAAGCAGAGUCAAGUGGAUCCCAUUUUCUAAUGGCCAAAGGCAUCCUCUGAAAACUCAUUAUGGAUAUAUAAAUGUAAAAACACAAGAGCCUCUACAACUUGACUGUGACCUCUGUGCCAUUGUUUCAAACUCGGGACAGAUGGCUGGCCAGAGGGUGGGCACUGAGAUAGACAAGUCCUCCUGCAUAUGGAGGAUGAACAAUGCUCCCACAAAGGGCUAUGAGGAAGAUGUUGGGAAGAGGACAACCAUAAGAGUGGUCUCUCACACCAGUGUGCCUCUCCUGCUCAAGAAUCCUGAGUACUUUUUCAAAGAAACCAAUAACACCAUUUACGUGAUCUGGGGUCCUUUUCGAAACAUGAGGAGGGAUGGAAAUGGCAUUGUGUACAACAUGCUGAAGAAAACUGUUGACAGCUACCCAACUGCCAAAAUCUACGUGACAACGGAGAAGCGCAUGAGUUACUGCGACGCGGUGUUUAAGAGGGAGACAGGAAAGGACCGAGUCCAGUCAGGUUCAUAUCUCAGCACGGGUUGGUUCACCUUAAUUUUGGCCAUGGAUGCCUGCUAUGGAAUUCACGUCUAUGGGAUGAUAAAUGACACCUACUGCAAGUCAGAAGGCUUUCGCAAAGUUCCCUACCACUAUUACGAGCCAGGAAGAGAUGAGUGUGAGGAAUACUUUCUCCAUGAAAAUGCUCCAUAUGGAGGCCACAGGUUUAUCACAGAAAAAAAAGUAUUUGCUAAGUGGGCCAAGAAGCACACAAUAAUAUUUACACAUCCCAACUGGACAGUGUCUUGAUACUGGUUUACUUAACUCUCCUUUAACAGCAUAUUACAAAAAUGUCUCAGUUUACAAUAGUUUUGCUUACAUCUGGCUGGCCUUUCUCAGCCUAGGUAACACUAAACUAAAAACCAGAAGACAAAGAGGGUGGUGGUUCAGCUGUUAAGCAAAAUUAAUCAUCUGUGGAAGGCGGACACAUUGUUUGUUAUUUCUUAGGGUUUUAAUCCACACUAUGCACUUUAUACUUUAACUGGAUUUUACUUCAAGGCAGGAGCAGUUAAAGACAGAUGAGAUUUCCAGUAUAUACAGGUGCACACAGAGAGCAUGGUGGUCCUUUCAAAAUUGUCCAUCAUCUCAGAUAUUUAAAAUUAUUAUUUGUAGCUCAUUUUCUGUACAAAAGCACUAGUUCUAUUUGUGGUAUCAGUAGAAAUUUUCAACAAGAGAAAUGUGAGGAAAAAUACAGACCUCCAAGGUCCAGGAGUGAGUAAAUUUUAAAAAACACCACCUGAAUAUAUUGAUACACAGUGUAUUGUGAGCACUUGCAUAUAUGGUAAAAUUAGAGAUGAGCUAAGCAUGGUUCUUAAACUGUACCCAACUGUUGAAUGAGAAGAUAUUACUACUCAAGACUGCUGAUUAAUUCAUAACUUCUGAAAUGCAGCUUCCUUCCACCUUGGUCAGUCUGCACCAUCUGGGACUGUGUAGUUUGUGCUUUUUGAAGCUGUUGUCCCACACUUCAGCUCCAGCAGAAUGGCACUUGGCAAAGAUUGUAUUUUGCAGCCCAUGAUAAACCUUUGGCUGUUGUACCAAGCCUGCUGUCAGUACCCAAGCUGGUGAGUGUAAAGUUGUCUCAUUAAUAUCUCCAUUUACUCCAGUUGUGCAUUUGACUUGCUCCAAUGUCCAAAUAACAGUAUUUUGACAGUAUUUCCCAUGCAGCCAUCAUAAUUUAUUUUAGAUUUCCAGUUUCUCCAUCUUUAAAACAAGGGUAGUAUCUAUCUACCUCACAAGAGAGUUGUGAGGACUAAUUUAAUUUAAUUUAAAGCACUUUCCUGAUGCAGAAUGCUCCAGAUCGUUUAUUCUUAACACAAAAACAGUGGUACCUGUCAUUUAUUCUUGUCUGUUGGGUAUUUGAAGAAAAUGACAGUGUGUCUGGCUCUGAUGGCAAAUUGUUCUGUGCAUCCGCUUUCCUACUGAGGAUAAUUUGUAAUACUGAGUUCUAUCAGCUUGCAUUGCAUCAGAUGAAGUUGAAAGAACUCCCCAUCUCACAGUAUUAUCUGCACAUUAAAAUGCAGUUCAAGAAUCUUAAAAUAUACUCAUCUCUAGUUUAAGUAUGUAUUUCCAAGCUUACUGUCAUGGAAAGUUUUCAACUGCAGCAGACUCAUUUGUAAUAUGACCAUAAUUCAGAUACACAUGUGAGUUUUAUUUAAACUGUAUUUAAACUAAUGCUUUAAUUUUAGAAUGUGUUUUAUGAAUAUUUUAACAUCGAGAAUGUCAGAUUCAACACUGUAAUAGCCAAUACUGUGAACACUUGAAGGAAUUAUGUGUGGAACACGUCACAAAGGGUUUACUCACACUACUUAAACAUUAACCAACAGGAGACUUUGUAUGCUUUUGUAAAUCAAGAAAAGGGGAAAGUAAAAAACUAUUUUUACAUGUAAAUAUUUGUAUACUGACUAUUUCCUAUUGUAUAUUUGUAUAUAUAAAUCUAUAUUUUAUAUGUUCAUUGCAUAUAUAUUCUCUCAUCAACAGUUCCAACUCACAGGAUAAGGGAGGAAAUCUCUUCAUCAGUAUUCCUCCUCCUGAUCAUUGGUUUCUUGUUCCUGUUGGUAGGUGAUUCCAGGGUAUCAUUUCUGUUGCCCCUUCUAUUUUCCACCAUAAAUGCAGCUCUCUGAUUUUAUUUUUUUAUGUAGCUCAGCUUUCACUGCUUUCUUUAGUACUCUAAGUAUUCAUUCUGGUUGUCAGACAAAGGCUGGGGCCAUGCUUAUGAUCUUGGAGAAACAUCUGUAUUCAAACACAGGCUUUGUCCCAGGUUUCUGGCAUGACUUUAUGUCUCACCUUCCUGUUUAGAAAAGAAGAACAAUAGUAUUUUCCUACUCCCUUUCUUGUCUGACUUUCUUGAGAUGUUGAGAUGAGUAUUCCCAUUUUCAACUUAUUUGUAUAACACUUUGAAGAAAAGGUGGCCUAAGUGUGUGAAAAUUACAGGCAGUGCUGUGACAUACAAGUAAUUAAAAGUUGCUGUUUCUUGUACCUGGAGUUUAAAUCAGUUGUAUGCUGAUACAACAUGGGAUGAAAUCAAAAGGGGAAAAAAGGGUCAUGGUUGGAAGAAGAGCUGUAGUAGAAAACCCAGAUUUAUCACCAUGCAUCUGUUCAGUUCACAUGGGUGGCUGUAUAUAUGGAAAGGUAAUAAAAAUUGUAAGGUAGGAUUUGAAAAAUUCAGGACAUACAGAAUAUGGGAGAAUGUUCCACACAUUUUACAGGGCAGCCUGGGAAAUCCUAUCAUUCCCAUGAGGGAAGAGGAACUGCAAGGAAGUUCAAUUCAGCCAAUUGAACUUGCAUUUAGAAGGUUUCUGGGUUAAUAAAAAACUGCUGUGAAAGUGCUGCACAUGGAAUUUGUUUGGACUGGACAGACUUCCAUGGAAGUGUCCUCAUGAAGCAGAGUGUUUGUCCCCCUGGGUGUUUCUCCCCAGUGAGCAUAAGGAUUCUGCCUGAGUCUGUUCUCCUGGUUUUUAAGCUUGAGAAAGUUUUUAAGAUGAUUAAUACUUGCCAAUUCACCAUAAACGUGUUGUAAAAUAUGUGCUUCAUUCUGAAGCUCUUUGAAGAGUGCUUUCAUGCUGCAUGAAACACUGUCACAAAGGAUAGCUAAGAAAAAUACAGCUCUAAGAACAUCUAAGUGUACACAAAAUUGAGAACACAAUUAGAGUUUGGGUGUCACAGAGCAGAGUAAAGGUGUUACUCUCUGCCUGGAUUUGCACUUAGAGCAGAUCCACGUUAGAAACAUUGCAGCAAGGCUUCAUUCAUACUAGAAAAAAUGAACAUCAGUUCCCUUAUUUAAAUGAGCCUGUCUUUAGCAUAAGUUAAAUGCAUAUUUACAUGAUUUUUAUUACAUGAGUAAGUAACUGUGACCACUGUAUUGAAGAUGAUUCUACAAAGAAAUUACUUGGUUGAAAUCUGUUAAAAACCAGCUGUGGUACUAAAGAAAGAAUGUCAGUACUUGGAUGUGUAUAAGCGAUCUUGGUGGUUCACCUUCUGAGAGCAGUUAAGAAAUCAGCUGAGAAUCACUUAUUAAUUCUUUAAGAUAAAACUACUACAGUUUACCUGAAUGUAAUCAUAUCCUAAUUGCUUAUUCAUUCGAGCAGUCCUCUUUUAAUCAACUACUCACGAGUAUAAAACAAGCAGGGAGUUUACCUGCGGAUUUCAAAAUGCAUUUUCACGUUGCUGAUAAUAGAGGAAUGCUCAAAAAUAGUUUGGCCUUUUUUUUGCCAUCAGUGAGCUGAGUAGUCAUCAAAAGUUUCUUCUAAAAUGUAGGGAGGAUUUAAAUAAACUUUUUUUUUUUUAAAGAGGGGGAGGCAUAAAAAAGGCAUAAUGGCUUGGUUGUAAUAAACAUUUAAAUGUAAAUAUACUUUAUGUUUUAUGUUGCAUUACCUUCUGACUUUUUGUUUUCAAAGUAGAAAGUUUUAAAUAGGAGCAGAAAAUUUAAUUUAAAUUUUUUUUUGACUGGCUAAUUACUAUUCAUAGAUAAUUGACUGAAUAAAAUAGUGUUGUUUUUUCUUUCCAAACUGACAUAACAGACAUCAUCCCAACAUUUUCAUCCCUAUUAGAUGUCCAGAUCACAUCCUUCUGCUUAUACCAAGGCCUCUUCUCAGAAAGAAAAAAAUUAGUUUUUAUAUCCAGCCAAAUUCCCUUUCCAUCUGGGCUGGGAGGCUCCAUCUGCAGACUGCUCCUAUCAGUUACAUCAGUAAAUGGGGAGGACUUAUGGAGAGCUCUACAUAGGAGCAGAUGGUGUUCCAACUUCUAAAAAAUGCCCCUAAAGUGCUUUAGGCAAGGAGUACCCAUUGAUCUCUCUUGGAAAUUCUUUACUAAAGUGUUCAGUUUCUUCAAAUGCCUUUAGCUCCUGUGUAGAAUACUUGUCCUACUCUCUUGAGUAGGAAUUAUCAGCAGUGGGAAAGCCAUGCCCUUUACAGGAGAAAAUGGAGGCAAAUUCUGUGUUGUUAAAUAUUUGCACAUAAACACCACCAGGGAUGAAGAAGUCAGCCUGACACAAGUUAUCUGAACACUCACUGAUUUAGCAAUCUCUGAGGACUCUCUUCAAAACUGAUGGAAGUGGCUUUGGCAAGUUCAUGAAUACAGCACCUACCCCAGUAAAAUCCUUGCACUCCUUGGUGCCAGGGUAAGCAGUGUUUUGUCUGGGAAGUACCAAAGCACAAAAUGCUUUGCAGAACUAAUAAAGAGAAGCCCAUCCAAUUCUUGGAGGGCUGAUGCUGAUGGUCUUCCAUUAUUCACCUGGGAAGUAGGACCUCACACAAACAUAGCUGGCAGCAGAGCACAGAUGCUCAACCAGAAGACAUGUCCAGGUAAGUAAGAAUUCAGUAAGUAAUCCCUUGUGAAUUAUACUUGGCUGAUGCUCUUAGUAAGCAGAAAAUCAGAAGCACGUUACAUAUUGAUGCUUAGAAUUUGCUGUCUUUUUUUUUCUGCAUGUAUGUCAGAAAUAGUGUGUCUCUAGUUGUGCUGAAACAAGCCUGGGGUGUGUUCAUGAUGAACCUUAGGGUACCCACAAGAGUGAACCUUGGUGCUCGCACAGGAGCUGUCUGUGGCCAUUGUGAUGUACUGUGAGCAACAGUCACGUAUUUACUAAUAAAAGUCCUGUUUUUCCUGACUAUAUUUAGCUCCUUUGGGGAGGAAACGUAUCAUUUUCAACAGAUGUGUUUCAUUCUGUUCCUUCUUUCCUGAGAGGGUGCACAGGGAUGAAACUUAACCAGAGAGGAGUGAAGCCAGCCACCAGAUUGAUAUAUAUUUUUCUGGCUAUUGCUGUGAUGUGUAUAGCUAAAGUCAUAGGGAAGGGGGAAGCUUUUUGUAAACCUUGUCUGGUAUAAUCUACAGAAGAUUGUCUGUUCUGGAUUACAGUCUUCUAGGCAAACUGUCUAAAAGGAGCUGAAGGAGAAAGAAAAGGUCUCUCUCCAUUGAAAGACAGGACUUCAGUGGAAGCCAUACUAACAUGUGUGGCACACCUGGGCCUGCUCCCCCAGCUUUUGUAGGUCCCCACCCAGCUGCAGCUUUGGGCCCUUUCCAGCCCCAGUGGAGGAGAAUUCUCCAUCUGACUUAGGCAGCCUGUGAUCUGCACAAAGCCUGCCCAUCCUCCCCUUCUGGGGACCAGCAAAGUGCUGGAUCUGCCCUGGGGCUGCAGUGUCACAGCAGGGACACGCUUCCCAGUCAGCAGCGUGAUUUGCUUGGGGCACAGUCUCACCUCAGGUGCUGUACUCAGUUUCUUGGAAUAUGAUAGGAAAGAUAUCACUGGGUUUUUUUUCAUGUUUGUAUUACUAACUCACAAAGAGUUACUGUUUUAUGGGUGUCUUAAACAGCUGAUUUCGUGUCUUUUUUUUGCAUUGCUUGCUGCUAUUUCUGGGAGUUCCUCAAAAUAUGCGGCUGUCAACAUCUGCCACUGCUGUUUUGAUUUACUGGAAAGAGUCUGUAAACUUGAACUAAUGCAUGUUCUUGCCAUGUAUUAUGCAUGAUAGCAUGGUACACAUUUUAUUCUCCACUAUAAUAAAUAAUUUAACUUUCGUGUAAACUUAGUUCAAGCAGCAGAAGUAGUACUUUUUCUCAUAUCAUGAGUUGCCCAGAGCACUUUGCUGGAGCUCUGUAAAUGCCAUUAGCAGCUGGCAGCAAAUAAACUGUUGAAACCAGCCAGGAAAUAAUUACUAAAUUUGACAUUUUUCACUGAAAUAUCCACAGAAAUAGUUCAGCUUGCUUUUGUGAACCUGCUCUGGCAUUCACAACUACAAUUCUAUGUUCUGUUCUAAGGAAAUCUCACAUUCUGAGUGUAACUUGGGAAUGACUUUUUUGACACAGAUGUUGUUGAGAGGUUAGGAGGGCAAUGAUCCCAAAGUUUUUUUAUUUACGCGAGUAUCUUUUUAAUGGGAAUUAAACAUGUAGAAGAUUGGCUAAGAUGCCUGCAGAGUUUUUAAUAAUUUUGCUACUGAAAAUAGUAUUUCUGAAGAUGGUUGCUACUGAAAAUAGUAUUUCUGAAGAUGGUUGAAGGAAAAACAAAUUGUGUGCUCACUGCUCUUUUGGCUGAUCACCUGCACCCCUCUCAUACACAGACUCUGCAAACACAUUGAGUGUCUGCAAACACAAUGGGUGUCUGUAGGGAAGGUCUCUUUUUUGUCAGGUAGGGGCAAGUAAGAACAACUAAGACUAAUCUACAUGGUAAAUACAGCUUAUAGUACUUGUUGAUUAAUGUUUGUUCUGUGUAUUUCCAAAGCCUGUGUCUGUGUUAGCAAAGAAUUAGCUUAGCUGGAUAGGAUCUGUAGCCUGAAACUGUUGGUGCUAAGGACCUGAUCUCCACACUUACCUCUAGUUUGAUCCCAGGGGCUGAAGGCCCCUAGUGAUUGGAGCCCUUCCAUUGCUUCCAUCCAGAAGGAAUCAGGUGCACAUGCUCAGGAACACUCCAUCAUGCAAACUAAAGCUCAUUAAAUGAGGCCACUGUACUGCAUUGUCCCAUAGGAAAGUGGAAUUCCUGAUAGACCAUCUUAUAACUCAGGCUUUGCAAGGCUAUUUUUUUCCAUGGGUAUUUUUCUUUCAAAUUUGAGAUCUGAUUCCUUCUGUCAGAUCAUGGGAAUCAAGGGCUCCUGAUUCUUCCUAAAUUUACCAUCAAAAUGUGCUCCAUAAAUCAGGAGUGUGAUGUAGGACAGAGUGAUGCAACAUGGGUACAGCAUAGUAAGUGCUUUGUUUGAUGAAGAGUUAAUGUGAUUCUGCUCAUGGAUGUAAUUUUAUCCUGAACAUGCUGGGUGCUUGCUAAUGCAUGCAUUGUUUUUAUAUACUGCAAGACACAUAAAAAUUCCCUUAAUCAUUUUCGCAGGGUAAUUUUGUUCUUGUGGCCUUCCAGUUGUAUCUGUAUAUGUGUGCAUAUAUGCAUUUAUAUACAGUGUGCAAGCAUUCUUCUGUUCUUAGAAAGUUGCUACUAUAUGCUGCUAACACGAACUUUUUAGGUGGUUCAUGUUACACAGUUUAUUACUUGUAUUCUUUGGUUGCCUUUUGUAAUGCUGACAAGUGUAUUGAUAGCAGAUACCACUGUAGACUGAGAAAAACUUUCAUACCAUUUAUACUUAACUUUGUAUGUUUUGCCAUGUUUUUUUUGCUAUAUGUUACUUAGUUUUUGCUCCCAUUUGGAGAAUGUGCUUCUGUGUAUUUGCAAAAUUGUGCCUGGAUUAUUUUAAAACAUAAAUAAAUGUAUACAAUUUUCCAAUUGUCUGACAUAAUUUAUGCAUGAUUUUGUGCAAAACACUUUUAUUCUUGUUUAUGUAUAUGCCACUAUAAUAAUAUCUAUCAGUU